ACUGCCUUGACUAAUGUUCAUCCAGCUUCUCUUCACUGGAGGUCUGUCUGUGGACCUGCAGCUUUCAGCGUGGCAUCACUUGAAGCACCUCUGAUGUCAGAAGCUUUACCACAUCACUUCAUCUCUGGUUUCUGUGUGAACAUGGAGGGUGUUCUGGAUGCUACGCUCCGUCUGUGUGUGUGCAAACUGAUGAGCAGCAUGCUGUUGUGUCCGUCUGUAGUCACACACACCAUCACUGCGGUCAGCCUUUGCUGCUGCUGCCUGUUGUUAUUCACAGACCUCGCCGUCACCUUGUUUCUGCUCUACAUCUGGCUCACGGGGUCCUGGUUGACGCCUUUUUACGUUUCCUCGGAUGUCAUCGCCCUUCGAUUCCUGUUCUUUCUUUGCCAGGCCUAUGGAGUCGUGCUGCUGCUGACGCCGCCUCUGAUUGCUGUGGAGUUGUUGGUUAAUCUGCUGCGUCCUCAAGACAGGCGAACGAAGGGACGCUUGGAGCAAAAUGCAAGUGAAUCCGAUUGUCUCUCAAGGAGAGUCGGAUGUUUUGGAUGUCUUCUAGCAUGGAUUGUGAGUGGAACAUGCAGAGGCCGUGACUGGACGCUGGAGCGGUUCUCUGUGGAAGCCUGUUUGAAAAGAGGCGGAUGCCUUGUUACAUGCAUUCCCGACAUGGAUGAGUUAUCCUGGGUUCUUCCUGCAAUGGUGGUUCUGUUGAGUUUGACGGGGAGUUUGGGUCGGCUCAAGUCUCGAGGUCCACCUGACACACAGAAAAGGGACUAUGUUGUCCUCGGGCAAAUGCAUAUGUCACUAAGUCUGAUUGAGUCAGAAAAAGCACCCAACAGCUGUGGCGUUCACAGGACUGGCGAGCCACAAUGGACCUGUCCUGGGAAUGAUGUCCUGUGCGCUCACCAAACCAGUUUGGCAGACAAUUAUAUCCAGAAACAAAAGCAAUCAGCGUUUGCACAGUCUAAAACCGAUCUUCUGCUAGAGGUCACAUCAACAGAGCGAUGUGUUUUUAACAGGUCUCAAGGCAAACACUGUUGGCCUCCCGAAAGGGAAAGUCCCUGCUUGUGGCGAGAAACAUUCACAGGGUUGGUAUGCAUGCUUCUGGUUUGUUUUUUUCCCACAGUCGUCAGUGGUAAUAUUCUCCUAAUCUUUAACCUGGAGAACUUGGUGGCACACAGCUUGAAACUCUUAUCUCAAUCAUUUAACAGAGUCCCAGAUCUGUAAGUGAUAGCAAAAAAAUGUGAUUGCAAAUUCACACUGUGGUUUGUGGAGCUGAAAACUGCAAAAGGAGAUGGCUGAUCUGUCAAUGUCCUCGCAAACUCAUUUGAAGGAUCGUCUGUGCACGCAUACCGCAGAAAAAUCUGAUAGACAAAGACAAAUUAAGAUUGUAAAAACAGAUGUGUUAAAAAUUCAUGAGUUUAUGCGGUGCAUUUUCUUUGCAAAGUAAAUAAACUGUUCGUUUUGAGAGCACCAGCUGGUUUCAUAUGAGAUAGAUGAGUUAUUUUUAAACCUAAAACCAGUUUACGGUUCCCUAAAAAGGGAAUAGGGCCCGAGGGGUGCUGUGCUUCACAGAACAAUAGUGACACAUGAGCAGUGGCAUUUAGAGUUAACAUAAAAAAUCAAAUUGUGCAAUAAAGUAUUUAUGCAUA